AUGGCGGCCGCGCUGUGGGCGCUGCUGGCCGCCUCCUUCCUGGCGGCGCUGCUGCUGCAGCGGGCCCGGGCGCGGCGGCCCGGCGGCGGCGGCGACAGCGGCUUCUUCCAGGAGCUCAUCCGCUACGGAAAGACCAAGAGCGGCGGCGAGCGGCGGCCGGCCUCGCUCCGGCUCCUCCAUGUGCCCAAGAGGUGGUUUAUUCACUUUUAUGCUGUUUCUGUGCUCUGGAAUGGCUUUCUGCUGAUCUGGCUUCUCCAAGCUCAGUCCCUCCCAGGAUCUCUCUCAUCAUGGCUUCAGCAUCUGCACCAUGCUCUUGGCAGAGCUUCACAGAACGAGGACAUGGGCAGUGAACACUUCUCUGCACUCUUAGUCCUCCUGCUCCUCUGGCUGCACAGCUUUCGGAGACUUGCAGAGUGCCUCUGGACCAGUGUAUUUUCUGAUGGCGUCAUUCAUACCGUGCAGUAUUGCUUCGGGCUUGGCUACUACGUUGCUCUUGGCUUAACUGUGCUAUGUCAAGUGCCUGCUAAUUUCAGGAACGGAGAAGAACUUUCUGUGCAGAUCUGCUGGUACCACAUUAUGGGAAUUGUGAUGUACAUUUGGGCCUCGCUUCACCAACACAGAUGUCUUGUGAUUCUAGCUAAUCUUAGAAAAAGCAAAUCAGGAAAGGUCAUCAAUCUGAGCCACAGUGUACCUUACGGAGACUGGUUUGAGAGAGUUUCUUGCCCUCAUUAUUUUGCAGAAGUCCUCAUAUAUGUAUCUAUGGCCAUCACACUCGGAUUGCACAAUGUGACGUGGUGGUUUGUAGUGUUGUAUGUCCUUUCUAACCAGGCACUGGCUGCUGUUUUGUGUCAUGAGUUCUAUCAAAACAAAUUUAGCUCCUACCCAAAGCAUCGAAAAGCAUUUAUACCAUUUGUUUACUAGAGUAUUUUUUUUAAAUAUCUUUAGAACAAGCUUGGAAUUUUUUUUUGUAAGACAGCRAGAGAUUGAUGUUUUCCUAAAGACAAGAGAAAUUAACACAUAUUGUCUAUUCUAUCUUAUGGCUUUGAUGAUAAAUUUCAUCUGGUUUCCUCUUGCAGAGAAAUGCAAGGUCUCUCUAAGCAAAGGUCAGAUGAUACUGAAGACCUUAAAAUUGAAGGGAUGCUAACUGUUUUUUUUAAUAAUCACAUUUUAAGUAUAAAACAUUUGCAUUACACAUGGAAUACAUACAUACAAAAUAUGUAUGUAUGAAAUCUGGAUAGGGAAAGGCAGCCACAGGGAAUCAUUUAAAUUACUGCAUUUUGUGUCUUGUCUAAUAUUUAAGUGUAUUUUUUUUUCUGUUCUCUUUGGACCAUUUCAGAUGGAGGCAAAUUGURUACUUUCUUUGCUUCCCUGUUGAUAAUUAUAAAACAGUGGUUGUUCUUAACUGCAAGCAAAAAAGAUGAAGAGGACUGUAAUGAGGGAAUGACUCAUGCUCAGCAGUAGAGAGAAACAACAGACCAGUCCUCUGCAUUACCUUUUCUGCAUAAAAAGUCAGUAUUCCUUGGUGGAGCUUCUUGUUUAUCCUUGGAACUUGGAAAAUCUUGGAAAAUACUCUUUCUGGAGAGAACA